GACAUCCAUACUCCCCAUCUCCUCGGCCAUGCCACUACGCAUCGGACAAGUCCUCCAGGGGGCCAGAGGCGUAUAUGAGUUGCUACAGCCGCUAAAGGGCUCCAGCGUCUUCAAGGCCAAAGUGCUAUCCAGCUCUUCUUCUGCGCCUCAGUCAAAGUGGGCUGUCGUUAAAACGGCAGGUACAGAUGAUGAGAGGAUGUGCCUGAGACGCGAGUACCGUAACUAUAGCAUUCCUGCAAUCGCAUCGAGCCCGCAUAUCCGGGCUAUGUGCGAUACUAUCCCGUCGGACUCGAAGCAUGAAGAUGAAUUACCAUGUCUGGUGUUUGAGUGGAUGGACGUUGACCUUAGAUCUGUGUAUGCGAUCGAUUUCCGGUCUAGGCCGGCGUUGCCUAGAGCGGUGUCGAAGGCGGUGCUGUCGGCUCUGCAUACGCUCAAGACGCUUGAUGCGGUGCAUACAGAUGUCAAUCCGAAUAAUAUCUUUAUUACCAAUGCAGAUAGUGAUUGUCCGGUCGUUAAGCUUGGAGAUUUGGGAGUUACAAUCAAAGAUAGCUAUACAAAACAACGCGCCCAAAGCCUACCAUGUCGAGCUCCAGAGGUCUGGCAAGGCUAUUCCUGCCGACACGCCUCAGACGUCUGGUCACUGGCAGUCACACUAACCACCAAACUCUCACCCCUCCCCCUCUUCGGCCACCUCGACAAGAUCAUCGAAGGCGAGACCGAAGCAUGGUGUAUCGCCAAGCUCAUCUGUCUCGUCGGCCCCAUAGGCCAGCCCAUCAACCCAGCCUACGAAGACGAGUUCGCGCUCGCGCGACAGCUGGCCGUCAUGGACCACCCGCUUACGCGUGUACAGUCCAAGCUUGUGCAGAGAGGCCACUGGCGGACGGAGCUCGAGUAUAUUCCCGACCCGCCGGUGCCGCGGGAUUUGCUGGAUUUUAUCGGGGAGAUACUGGUCAUGGAUCCUGAGAAGCGGCCGACGGCUGCGCAGGCUUUGCAGCAUCCGUAUUUGCAAGCUGCGUUGUGAAAGGGGG